GUGUGCCGGGACGCGGGGCUGCCGGGCGGGGCGGAGGGAGCUGCCGUAAAGCUGCGAUGCGACUGCCGCAAAACGGGGAAAUGUCGUGAGGGGCGGUCCGGAGGGGCCUGCGGCGGAGAGAGCGGCCGGGCACGGCUGCCGGCACUUAAUGCCCCGUGUCCUGGCGGCCGCCUGCUCCGUCUGCUCCAUGUGGGGUCCGGACCGGGCUUUCGGCCUCUCGUCUUCACUUUCCUUCUACUAUGGCCAGGAAAACAGUUAGCAGGAAGCGGAAAGCGGCGGCGACGUCCGCCGCGGGGCCCGGGGGGCUCUAUGGGGAGCAGUAUGGAUGGGAUCAUACAGUGCACAAAAGGAAGCGGCUUCCUCCAGUGAAGCGGUCCUUGGUGUAUUACCUAAAAGGCAGGGAGGUCUGGAUGCAGAAUGAGUCCAGCUACCACCGCCUGUUGCAUGGAUAUGCAGCCCAACAGCUUCCCAGCCUCCUGAAGGAGAGGGAGUUUCAUCUUGGAACCCUAAAUAAAGUGUUUGCCUCCCAGUGGCUGAACCACCGGCAAGUGGUGUGCGGAACAAAAUGCAACACAUUAUUUGUGGUAGAUGUCCAGACUGGUCAAAUUACCAAGAUUCCUAUUCUGAAAGACCGUGAGCCUGGCAUGGUGAACCAGCAGGGCUGUGGGAUUCAUGCCAUUGAGCUCAAUCCCUCAAGAACCCUUCUGGCUACAGGUGGAGACAACCCUAACAGUCUUGCAAUUUAUCGUCUGCCUACACUUGAUCCUGUCUGCGUGGGAGAUGAUGGGCAUAAGGACUGGAUAUUUUCAAUUGCAUGGAUCAGUGAUACUAUGGCUGUUUCUGGUUCUCGAGAUGGUUCAAUGGGUCUCUGGGAAGUCACAGAAGAUGUGCUGUCCAAAAGUGAUGCUAGGCACAACUUGUCUCAAGUUCCUGUCUAUGCCCACAUAACACACAGAGCUCUGAAGGAUAUCCCUAAAGAGAACACCAAUCCUGACAACUGCAAAGUUCGAGCGCUGGCUUUCAACAAUAAAAACAAGGAGCUAGGAGCUGUGUCCCUAGAUGGGUACUUCCAUCUUUGGAAAGCAGAGCACACGCUGUCAAAGUUACUGUCCACAAAAUUGCCAUACUGCAGGGAGAAUGUGUGUUUGGCUUAUGGUCAGGAGUGGUCAGUGUAUGCAGUAGGAUCACAGGCACAUGUCUCCUUCCUGGAUCCGAGGCAGCCUUCUCACAACGUUAAAUCUGUCUGUUCCAAAGAACGAGGCAGUGGCAUUCGAUCAGUGAGCUUCUAUGAACACAUCAUCACAGUGGGAACAGGGCAUGGUUCCUUACUGUUCUAUGAUAUCAGAGCCCAGAGGUUCCUGGAUGAAAGGCCCCCACGUGCCUGCUAUGGGCAGAAGCAGAAAUUAGGAGGAAGUGAAAUUCUGAAGCUGACUACAGGGAAAGGUUGGCUGAAUCAUGAUGAAACCUGGAGGAAUUAUUUUUCUGAAAUUAAUUUCUUCCCAAAUGCUGUUUACACCCACUGCUACGACUCAUCUGGAACAAAGCUCUUUGUGGCAGGCGGCCCUCUUCCUUCAGGACUUCACGGGAAUUACGCUGGUCUCUGGAGCUAAUGAUAACUCUUUACAAAUGCUGAUCCUUACGCAGUUUUCUACUUUCUUUUCCUUUGUUUUAACAGUGAAUGAAACUGUGUGAUGCCAUUGAA